AUGUCGCGACCGACUUCGGCACAUGGACAGGUGCCAAGGGCACCUGGCAUCGGGCCAGGUGGGCUGCAAUUCCGUUCCCAUGGCUUUUGGGACCCAAAACUGGAGAAGCAGCGUGGCAUCCUCUUCAAGGGCUUCCUGCCUUUCGUUGCCGUCAUGGCCAUCUUCAUAGUCUGGGGCGUCGUGUCGAUCUACUGGGGCUCGCUUUACGAGACUAACACGCAUCGACUCUCGGCGUACGUGAUCAACGGCGACCCGAACGGGCAGAUCGGGCAGACAAUCUCGUCCGCCAUCCUGAACACGACGCAGCCCUUGUCGCCGAACUACCCGCGCCGCCUGGGCUGGGUCGAGCGCUCCUUGGCCGACUUCCCAACGGCUGCUUCGAUCGAGGAGAGCGUCGCGGUGCAGGAGGACUGCUGGAUUGUCGUGCGCAUCCUCGACAAUGCGACCGCCGCGUUGCAGAGCGCACGCGCGACGGCCGACGCAAGCUGGAACCCCGCAAACGUCGUGCAGGUGUACUACUCGCAGGCGCGCAACUACCAGGCCAACUCGCAGUACACCCUCGGCGCUGUGCAGGAGAUCCUGCAGGGGACAAUCCCCCAGCUCAACGUCGCCCUCCUCGGGGCGUACAUCUCCAGUAGUAGCAACAGCGGUAGCAGCGCGCAGUCAGCGCUGCUCAACGCCGCGUCACGUGCGCCUGCGACGAUCGUGCAGCCCGUCGCAUAUACGACAAACAACCUGCGGCCGUUCAACCAGACUGUCACCAUAGCUACGACGUUUGUCGGCCUGAUCUACGUUCUGAUCCUCGCGUUCAGCACCACCAUGGCCGGCCAUGGCAUGCGCCAGCCGAUCCAGCCAUGGCUCAAGCUCAGCCAUUUAACAGCGAUGCGCCUCCUCGUGCCCCUCUUUGCGUACUUCUGGCUCAGCCUCAGUUUUGCCGCGCUCAACACGCCCUUCAAGGUGGCCUUCACCGGGCUCAAUGGCAAUGCAGCCGCCGGCUUCUUCGCCUUCUGGGCCGCUAUGUUCACCGGCAUGACGGUCUUCGGUUACGUCACCGAGGCCUUCCUCUGCAUCCUCGGACCAAAGUUUAUCGUCUUCGGCUUGAUGUUCUGGAUCAUCUUGAAUGUCUCAAGCGCGAACUACCCGCUAGAGAUGCUCAACGUCUUUUACAGGUACGGUUACGCCAUGCCUUUCUACAAUCUCAAGCAGAUCUUCCUCACGAUCAUUUUCAACACUGGCCGCCACAUCAUGAUUUUGCAAUACUUUGGCGUCCUCUGGGCAUGGCUGGCCGUGGCGCUGCUGACGAUGCCUUUCUGGUUCUGGUACGAGCAACACAACACCAUCCAGGAGCGCAAGGCGCAAAUGGCUGGUGGGCAAGGCUACCCGACGCCAGCAACUAGCACGGGCGUGGUGGGACCGGCCGCCUACCGCAGCGAAAAGGAUCUCGAAGGAAGCAACAACCACCAGGAUGGCGCUGGUAACCGGGGAAUGCCGCCUUCCUUUACCUCCUCACAUACAACUCCACGAUCGACCCGUGAACUCGGGGAAGAGGAGUCACAUAUAAGCAGCCACGGGCGAUGA